AAAAUGAACAAUCUCCUCCUAUGUACCGUGCUAUUCGCCCUUCUUGGUUUGGCCAGCACUCAGAUCUAUCUCACUACCUGUGCCAGAAUGGAUGUGCCAAUUCUCGACAAAGCUGCUCGAGCAGCUUGUAUAACAUCCUGCAGUGUACAGAAUUGUGGAACUGGAUACUGCGAGAACAGAAAGGGACGCAAGACGUGCGUUUGCUCGCGAUGUGCGAACGGCGGCAAUGUUCCACUCGAGGAUCUCAUCAAGAAAGGAAAAUAAAAAUUUUGUGAACCAAAUAUUCAGGGAAAUGUAUGCUCCAUUUCAUGUUCUGUGCUUGC